AUGACCGACGAAGGAGUGAGCGGUAUACGCGAGAGAAAGCGAAAAGUUAACAUGUCAGUGGGGAGCGACGAUGACGAAGAUGGAGCUAAUUACCCGGGCGUUGAGCGUACUGCCGACGCUGCUUGUACCACGGAAGGAGAAGAAGCCGAAGAUACAGAGUUAGUUUUUGAUUGGUUUUUUUUUUAAGUAUCUUGCUUUUUUCACAAAGUUUUGCAAGAUUCAAAGGAUUAUGAAUGCAUUAAAAUCUUCAAAUUGCGCUUACAAAAAUGUUCCUUUUACACAUUGGUUGGGAUUUCUUUCAAUUGUCCCAAAAAAUUUUUUGAUGUACCAGAAAAAAGUCCUGAAAGUUUUAACCCGCACAGCUUCCUAAUUCUCGAGAAAGGAGGCCUCGAAGUCAAAAAAUUUCCGAUCGCAAAAUGAAAUUAUCUUCCUUGGUAAAGUGCUUCAAUAAAUGGCAAAAUAUUGUUAUGGAUCACAAAAACUUCUGAAGAAUUAUACGGAUUCUUUUUUUUUAAACAUUUCAUCAAAAUAUUCCAGAGAGAAGAAAUAUAAAAAACGUCGCGUCCGGGUGGAAAUGGAGCGUAAGCACUUCCAAAUGGUCAACGACCGCGUGGUCGAAGAUGUAACCCUCGAAUUUCUUUACAAACCUCAUACGCUUACUGUUUUGGCCGCUUUGACCACUUUUAUCUCUUAUAAGGCGUUCACUGGGUAAUUUUUAUUAAAAAAAUUUCAGCUAAAUUUUGAAUUUCAGCAGUACGGAGCAUACCGAGCAAAAUGUUUACGACGGACUGAUGGGAACUCUCGCCCUUUUCAUGGUUAUCAGUGCCCUCGCUUUUCCGAACGGUGAAUUUGAUUCAUGAGCUUUUAAUAGCCGCUUCUAGAUGUUCCAAAAGCGGGGAAUUUUGUUCUUUGUGGUUUUCGUCAUUAUUAUGAAUUUUAGGCCCUUUCAUACGACCUCAUCCUGUUUUUUGGCGCGUUGUGUUCGGUCUUUCUGUAGUUUACAUGCUCAUCCUUCAAUUUACACUGUUUCAAACGUACGCCGACAUCAAAAGUGCUCUCAGUUGGCUUGAUCCAACAGGUCUCAGCCAGGAAAAACUGGUGGAAAAGGUAUUUUCUUUUAUCUGGAUUUAGUUCUUAAUUUUUAUUUUUUUUUUUUAGGACUACGCUAUCAACUGUUCUGACGUCUCUUUGGAGAGAAUCUGGAGUCAUAUGGACAUUUUUGCUGUUGGACAUUUCCUUGGGUGGGCAAUGAAGGCCCUUCUUAUACGUCAUGGUGUUCUCUGCUGGUAUAUCAGCAUUUCCUGGGAGCUCACUGAGGUUGCUUUUUUUUUCUCGUUCUGAGAAUGGUCAUUUUUUGAAGAUUGUUUUCACCCAAUUGCUCCCGAACUUUGCCGAGUGUUGGUGGGAUGCCCUUAUUUUGGAUGUCCUGGUUUGCAAUGGUCUCGGAAUUUGGUUUGGUCUCGAAGUGUGCAAGUUUUUCGAAAUGAGACAAUAUCAUUGGGAGAGCAUCAGGUUUGUCACCAUAUUUUUGGUGCAUAGUUUAAUCAACUUUGCGAUAAAAGGACGAAUUCAGAAACAUCCACACGAACCGCGGGCGUUUCAAACGCUUUGUCAUGCAGUUCACGCCUGAGAGCUGGACCAAACUCGAAUGGAAAACUAUGACAAACGCCGUCCGCCGAACAAUGGCUUUGUAUUUGUUCGUUCUGAUUUGGCUGGUGAAUUGCAUCUUCAUCGAUAUUUUUUGAUUAUUUGAUCGAUUUCAGUUGACCGAGUUGAAUACUUUCCUGAUGAAGCACGUGUUCGCCGUAGACACAAAACAUCCCGUUGUUUUUUGGAGAAUCAUUUUGAUUGCGCUCAUUUCCGCGCCGUCUAUCAGGUUUGCAGUUCAUGGUUAAUAUUCACGAUUUUUUUAUUUUCUAGACAGUUUUAUCUUUACGCAACUGAUCCUAUGGUCAAACGUCUGGGAAUGCAGUGCUGGGUUUAUUGCGCCGUCUGCGCUUUGGAAGCGGCUAUCGGCAUCAAGUUUGGGAUGUCGAUGUUCCCUCGUGUCGCCAUUCUUCCUAUCCUCCUUUGGAUAUUCUUUUUGGUAAGUCAUACAAAUUUUCAAACUUUUUUCAAAAUCUCUUUUCAGAUAGUUGGAACGUUCUUCAGCGUGUGGCUGUCGGUUUGGUGGGCCCAGAGUUCUUCGGUAAUUUUCAUUAUUUCGAUAAGUUCAUGAGAAAAGUUUCUUUGAUCUUUAAAAAUUUCAUAAUAUACCUAUUUUAAUUGAGAAACUAUCUAGGAAAAAUUAGAUACUUGCUGAAAAAAAAAUUUAUGUAGAUUCUUCAUUGAAAAAUUAUAUCGCCGCACUCAAAAAAAAUUUUUUUGGGUGUUUUUCAUUCAGUUUCAAAAAAAAAUUACAUUGAUCGAUAAAUCAGAAAAUUCACUCAAAUUUUUUAGACAACGAAAGAAGUAGUUGUGAACGGUGAAAACCGAACGCUCUAUUUGGAUUCCUCGCACGAGAAUCUCGGAUCCAUCCACGAUGACGUCAGGAAGAGACGUCGUGACCUCGGUUUUUCAGAGUCUGAUCUCAAUUGAAUUCUGCUCCCUCUUUGUGUACUUUUUUCCGAAGACUUUUUUGCUGGUAUUUUUGCUACAAAUGUGCUAGAUGUUAUUCAUCGAUUCUCGGCUUGAUGUCGAAUCCAAUUUAUUUUUUUCUGAGAUUUUUUGUCCCUUUACUUGUAUGCAUUUUGGUUCUUCGCCUGCACUUAUCGCUAUUGUCUGCCUUUUUGUCGCUGUGCUGCUGUUAGUGCCGUUUUCAUCAGCCAGAAAUUAUCGAAUAAAGUUUUAUCCAACUUUUUUUUUUAAAUUGAACAGAAAGAUAAUAUUCACAAAAUGUUUCAAAAGAUUAUUUACCGCUAGCUGUGGGCCGUUUUCAAGUAAACUCAUCCGUUUUUUGAGUUAGUUUCCAUUAAACAGAUAUUUCCGGAUUCUGUAGCAUUCAUUGUUUAAGUUCUAAUCUUAGAAUAAUGGCUUCAUGAUAUAAUUCUGAAGCAAUCGGUUCAGGAAGUUUGUUCCCUCCUAACCAGAGACAGUAUUAUUCAAGAAACAUCAAAGUCUGCAUGCAACAUUUCCAAAACCAGAUUUGUAAAAACUUCUUUACUAAAUACUGCUCAAAACGAACACGCAUUUUUCUCAAAGACCGACAAAUUGAUCACCCUUUUUGCAGCCUUUUUGUUCUUCGAAAAAAAAUUGAGCCGACUAGAUUCUCAAUGUUUCCUAUGAAACUGAUUAUGCAGAGCCUAAUGAGAAUUAAUUACUAUUUUUAAGAUCAACGAUAACCUUAUAACAAUCAAAAGAAAAAAACCUAAAAAAAUUUUUUUCUAAGCAAAGUACGCUAUUCUGCACUACGAUGCUCCAAAUUACACUUUUCCGCCUUUCCGUUUGCUCGGUUUUUAUACAAAAUUUUUUUUCGCUGAUUUUUAUAUGAAACUAUUUGUUUUGAGUACUUCAAAAUUAAUUUUUUGAUUGAAGGCGAACAUGAUGCUCAGAAAAGCUCUUUCUAGCAAUUUUCCCAAAGUUUAUACGCUGCAGAAAUCGAGUUCACCGUUCUGGUUAGGUUUUUUAAAAGUUUUUUUCAAAACUUUGAACCUUCAGUCACACCGCUGUUCGCUCAAUCAAUGUGGAUUACUCUGAAGAAAAGCCGGGAGCGCCUCAACUAGAACAUGUUCAGAAGCGUCUGUUGGAAACGGUUUUUUUUUUGGUUUAUUCUCAAGAAACAAUUUCAGAUAUUUCAGCUUGAAAUGGACUUGAACUGAAUUUCUAAAUUUGUUCAUACAAUGUGAACUGUUGGCAGUGAAAAUAGAUUUUUAAGAUUUCAACAAAAUAAUCCGAUUUUUUGAGGUUCCACUGAUGUUCCGGCAGCGGCUCGACUACACAUUCUACCGCAAGGACGUUUUUUGUGACGACCAAAUUUUAAAUACUCAGAAGCAGUUUGUUCCUUCAUCAAAUAAUCAAUUUCAAUUUGCGUUUUUAGAGGUCUUGACCAGCUCAUGAGCCAUUUCGGAAGUAUCGGAACGUUUGGACAAAUUUCUUUUCCGCACAUCCAAAUGGAGGUAUGCUCAGUCAAAAAGUUAGAAUCGUCUUUGCACUUUUUCUGGCGGAAUUUUUUCAGACAGUUUCCGUUGUUCCUAUUAUUGAAGACGGUACGGUCCGGUGUCGUUGGCGGGUUAAAUAUGUAUCUUUUUGGCGCCUCGCCACAAAUCCUCGCCUUUUUCAAUUUGAUUAUCGCAUGCAGAACGUGAGAUAUUAUUUUCGUUCAAAAUUUUGUUUUUUUUUCAGCUAUCUUGGUUUGAUGGCUACUCUGUACUGACUGUUGAUGGAAACGGCGAAGUCUACAAGAUUACCAUUCAAAAGGUCGGGACUCAAACUCCAGAAUAUUUAUUCACUUUUUUUGACCUGAUUCUUUUUCUAAUGGUUUUUAUCUUCAAUAUUUUCUGAAAAAAUUAAACUUCGUCUCGAUUUGGUUUCCAACAACGGGAGAAAACUUGCUUUUUCUUCAAAAUUUAAGCUUUGGGAAAAUGAAUAAGCGCAGAAAAAGUUGAUUUCGAAUAAUUUCAGACAAUGAGAGAUGAAGGAAAUCGCCAAAAAUCGCUUCUUGGAAACUCGGCAGAGCAAAUUAAACGAAAACUUGCAGAGCUACAACCUCAGCCAAAUGUCAACGCUUCCAAGCAAUAA